GUGGGUCCAUUGUUUUUGAGCAGCACUCACUUCCCGCCGCAUGGCGCGCCGCCGCGUGGUGGCGCUCGCGCUGCUGCUCUCGCCCCUGGCUGCGCCUGGCUUCGUCAAAGGCGGCGUCGCCGGCCUGCGGCGCGAUGCGCGGCGCGCGGCGACGACCGCGCGGCGCGCGGCACAAGCCGCCGGCACGGUGCACGUGUUGGCGUGCGCCACGGAGUACCGGCAGGAGACGGCCAUUUUGCAGCGCUCCGCGGCGCGGAACGGCUUGCGCUUCCACGCGGUGGGCCUGGGGAAGCCCUGGCGGGGCUUCGCCACCAAGUUCCUCAGCUACGCGGAGAAGCUCGAGGAGCUGCGGCCGCGGCUGAGUUCUGAGGACCGGGUGAUGCUGCUGGACGCCUGGGACACGGUGAUCCUGGGUACCAGCGACGAGCUGAUGGCCAAGCUUGCCACGCUGCCCGAGGGCUCGGUGCUCUGCGGCGCAGAGCGGGUGUGCGGGCCCAACCACUUCCUGGUGGCGCAGGUUGAGGCUCUCUACCCCGAAAACCACACGCCCUGGCGGUACCCCAACUCCGGCGGCAUCAUCGGACCCCCGCAGGUCAUGGCGGAGUUGUUGCACGCCCUGAUCCACGACACGGAGGAUGGGCAAACGCUGCCGGCGGAGGAGAACGACCAGGUGCGGUUGCACGACUUGCUCAUCGCGCGCGCGAGGAAUGGCCGGCGUUUUCCUUUGGUGCUGGACACUGAUUGCCGGGUCUUCCAGUGCAUGUACGAGGAACAGCCUCAGUGGGACGUGGUCUUGGAUGAGUCCGAGACUCCGGCGCGGCCGCGGCUGGUGAACAAGCUCACCAAGGAGCGGCCGGUGGUGGCGCACGGCAACGGUCACACGGGUCGCUGGUUCCUGUCGGCGAUGUACAGCGAGAUGCAGCUGCUGCAGUAUCUGGGCCUCAGCAUGGGGGAGCUGCAGCACCUGCGUCAUGAGAUGCCGGUGCCUCCGGGCACGCAGGUCACGGAGGAGAUCAAGGCGGAGUACUGCCCCUGGUGGUACAUGCCGGGAAUGCACAAGGGCGCCACCGACGGCUUUGCAUCCUUCCGGCAGAUCCGGGACAUGCUGUGUCGGUGAAUCUUUAGCCAACCGCACCGCCAAGAAAAAGGAGAAAAGGCGAGCUGCUC